AUGGCGGCGCCCGAGGCCUGGCGCGCCCGGAGUUGCUGGUUCUGUGAGGUAGCGGCGGCAACGACCAUGGAGGCCACGUCCCGGGAGGCGGCGCCAGCGAAGAGCUCGGCCUCGGGCCCCAACGCUCCCCCCGCCCUGUUCGAGCUGUGCGGGCGGGCGGUGAGCGCCCAUAUGGGGGUUCUGGAAAGUGGGGUGUGGGCUCUCCCAGGCCCAAUACUUCAAAGCAUCUUACCUCUGCUCAAUAUCUAUUACUUGGAGAGGAUUGAGGAAACUGCCCUCAAGAAAGGCCUCUCCACUCAGGCGAUAUGGCGCCGGCUCUGGGAUGAGCUGAUGAAGACGAGGCCUUCCAGUUUGGAGAGUGUGACCUGUUGGCGAGCCAAGUUUAUGGAAGCCUUUUUUUCCCAUGUUCUCCGUGGGACCAUUGAUGUGUCUUCUGACAGGCGUCUUUGUGACCAACGCUUCUCACCUCUUCUGCACAGCUCACGCCAUGUUCGACAGCUCACCAUCUGCAACAUGUUGCAAGGUGCAACUGAGCUGGUGGCUGAGCCCAACCGCAGAGUUCUGGAGACCCUGGCCAGUUCCCUGCACACUCUCAAGUUCCGCCAUCUACUGUUUUCUGAUGGGGCUGCUCAGCAAUCACUUCGACAGCUGUUGCACCAGCUCAUUCACCACGGGGCCGUCAGCCAGGUGUCACUGUACUCCUGGCCUGUACCUGAGUCGGCCCUUUUCAUUCUUAUCCUCACUAUGAGUGCUGGCUUCUGGCAACCGGGCCACGGUGGCCUACCCUGCCAUCUCUGUGGCGAGGCCUCCAGAGGCCGGGCACCCUCCCGAGAUGAAGGGUCUCUCUUACUAGGCUCACGCCGGCCUCGCCGGGAUGCUGCUGAGCGAUGUGCUGCAGCUCUGAUGGCCACACGGCGAAAGAGUGAGGCCAAGCAGAUGCCGAGAGCUGCACCUAGCACUCGGGUAACACGCCGAAGCACCCAGGAGAGCCUGCCAGCGGGUGGAACAGACCCUAAGAGGGAAGCGCAUCCUCCAGCCACCUCCCAGGAGGCUCCUAGCACUAGGCGACCACCCUCUGCUCCAGCUGCCGCCUCUUCUGCCUCUGCCGCCUCUUCUUCCACAUCCUCAUCCAAACGGGCUCCAGCUAGCUCAGCCCCACAGCCUAAGUCCCUAAAGCGUUUCAAGCGAGCUGUAGGGAAGAAGGGUGCUCGCACCCGUCAGGGGUCUGGUGCAGAACCCGAAGACCUGUAUGACUUUGUUUUCAUCGUGGCUGGUGAAAAGGCAGAUGGUGAAGAGAUGGAGAUUGGGGAAGUGGCUUGUGGAGCUUUCGAUGGGUCAGACCCCAGUUGCCUGGGGCUUCCAGCACUUGAGGCCUCCCAACGGUUCCGCAGCAUCUCCACCUUGGAGUUAUUCACGGUUCCACUCUCCACUGAGGCGGCACUGACACUGUGCCACCUGCUGAGCUCCUGGGUGUCUCUGGAGAGCCUCACUCUUUCCUAUAAUGGUCUGGGCUCUAACAUUUUCCGCCUACUGGACAGCCUGCGGGCCCUGUCAGGCCAGGCUGGAUGCCGUCUCCGUGCUCUGCAUCUCAGCGAUCUCUUCUCACCACUGCCUAUCUUGGAGCUGACGCGUGCCAUUGUGCGAGCCCUGCCCCUGUUGCGGGUCCUCUCCAUUCGUGUUGACCACCCUAGCCAGCGGGACAAUCCAGCUGGGCCAGGGAAUGCAGGGCCUCCUAGCCACAUAGUUGGGGAUGAAGAGAUACCAGAAAAUUGCCUGGAACAGCUGGAAAUGGGAUUCCCAAGAGGAGCCCAGCCAGCCCCACUGCUCCGCUCUGUACUGAAGGCCUCAGGUUCUCUGCAACAGUUGUCCCUGGAUAGCGCCACCUUUGCAUCUCCCCAGGAUUUUGGACUUGUGUUACAGACACUCAAAGAGUACAACCCAGCCCUGAAGAGGCUGAGCUUCCACGACAUGAAUCUGGCUGACUGUCAGAGUGAGGUGCUCUUUUUGCUACAAAAUCUGACUCUCCAAGAAAUCACCUUCUCCUUCUGUCGUCUGUUUGAGAAGCGCCCAGCCCAGUUUCUGCCUGAGAUGGUUGCUGCUAUGAAGGGCAACUCCACACUGAAGGGCCUUCGGCUGCCAGGGAACCGUCUGGGGAAUGCUGGCCUGCUGGCCCUGGCAGAUGUUUUCUCAGAGGAUUCAUCUUCCUCUCUUUGUCAGCUGGACAUCAGUUCCAAUUGCAUCAAGCCAGAUGGGCUUCUGGAGUUUGCCAAGCGGCUCGAGCGCUGGGGCCGUGGAGCCUUCGGUCAUCUGCGCCUCUUCCAGAACUGGCUGGACCAGGAUGCAGUCACAGCCAGGGAAGCCAUCCGGCGGCUCCGGGCCACCUGCCAUGUGGUUAGCGAUUCGUGGGACUCAUCGCAGGCCUUUGCAGAUUAUGUCAGCACUAUGUGAUGGCCCAUACCUUGCAGGCCCAUGCUCAGUACCAUCAGCUUGCAGGGGCUGAAGCAUGGGUUGCCCAGAACCCCCAACUCUUUCUGCCACUUUUCCUCUUUCCUAUUUCCCCUGUACUGAGGUCCUGGAAGACUUGAUGCAGCCCAGCAAAGGCAUUCCAAUGUUGAAUUUAGAGCCUUUGGGACUCUCAGUACCCUGGGCCUGGAGAUUAUAGUGGUCACCAUAGUUGCUGAGAACAGCCCUUCCCUCCCUGCCCCAGGGUUCCUGCUUCCCUCUUCAGGAAGGCGCCCAGGCUAUAGAGAAGUGUAGGAGUGCCCGCUACCAGGCCUCUUCCCUACUGGGCUCAUCAUGCUGCUCCCAGGCCUCAGUCCCUUUUCAUACCUUUAUUCCUUUCUUUUUUUUAACCGAAAAAAAAAGUUUUUCUUACAAAAAAAAAAUAAAUUUUGGGCAAACAUCA